AUGAGGAAAUUCAGAAGUAGAAGCCAUGACCUCCUGCUGGAAGACGCAAGCGUAUCAGAGAACUCUGCUGGUCGUCCACCACCCCCGCGCAGAUCUGAGAAGUCACGGCCGUGCUAUCCAAUAGGUGAUGCUGAAAAUGCGCUGUCGCCAGUCACCGUUGAUGAAGCCCGAUUAUCUCGACAGGCCUCUGAGGUAAGACGCAGCCUGCGAAAGACACUACGAAUAAAGAAACACCACAAUCCACCACCAGUAGCAGGACAAGAGGAAGACGAAGAAGAUAAUUUAACUGCAGAGGCAUACACGUCAGUGAGUGACCACCGUCGGCACUUUAAAAGUGAACAAAGCCGCGUUCUCUGCAACCGCGAAGCGUCACCGGCCAUUGACUCUGCCAGCGAGACGAUCACGGUCUCCGAGUCACCAUCAUCAGCCGCCACUGACCAUACAAACGAAAGAUUAGGCACGACCAGUCAACGGCGCUUGGUGCACCAACAGACACGUCCGAGACGACAAAGUGCCCAGGACGCCUCCCCCGCAAACACCGCGGCACUCCCUACCCCCUGCCUUGAAGUGUAUGCCAACGACUUGCUGAACGAGACUCGUCUCUCCUCUGAACUCCUAAACGAACGUGUUAGAGCCGCCUGUUCGAAUUUGCCAAAAAACAUAACCACUGGGUUUCUCCUGUCAACACCAGCGUCGCGUAUAGUUGCAGCCAGCAUAUCGGUUGGCACGUUUGAUUUUCUCUGCCCCGAGGGCGACACCACAACCAGCAGCACCAACGGGAGGACUGAGGGGGAGCACAAAAGUGGUAUGACAUUUAACGCGAAACGCAGUCGUUCAAUCCGACGUCUGCAGCACCAGAAAAGGACCUCCAAGCUGGGUAACGCCCUGGCUCCCAUGCUAACGGAGCAGCUCGGAUUCGCGGCACAAAUGGGAAAAACACGAAAGGAAACUGUGGCCGGCAUGAAACUCGCCUCCGAAAAUGGCCUAGUAUUCAAAUGUCAACUGCAGGACAAGGAAUAUGUCUUCUUGAAUGCGUCUGAAUUUGGCGAGGUGGAGAUUGUACGCGAGCUGCUCAACGAUAGGACCCUCAAUGUGGACUGUGUGGACUACAUGGGACGCAAUGCCAUACUUUUGGCCAUGAAAACUGAGAAUAUUGAACUCAUCGAUUGUCUAGUGGGCCGGCUAAACUUUUAUGCUGUGGAAGAUGCCCUGCUUAAUGCAAUAAGUCAGGAAAAAAUUCAUAUUGUUAAACUUAUAAUUGACCACCCGCAGUAUAUCCGCAUGGAGAAGAUUAUGACCCCGCGGGGCCAACGAGCUGGGAUUAUAACGAAGAGCACAGAGCGCUCGCAAUUCUCCUCGGACAUAACUCCACUCAUGCUGGCUGCACACACCAACAAUCAUGAAAUUAUUCAGCUUUUGCUGGAUAGAGGACUUAAAGUGGAAAUGCCUCACGAUAGGAGCUGUCUGUGUUUGGACUGCGAAUCAAUCAGAGCACAGGUUAGUUUUCAGUACUCCUCCAUGUCUUAG